AUGCGUUACAAUCAGGUUCGCAUUGCUGAAGGUGUUGUGAUAGCAGAUGAUCUGGGACAGGAGGCGGAGCACUUCGCUCAGCAGAAGAGAGUCCCAUGCCGUGGUCAUGCCGAGAUCCACGUGGAGGAUGUGGCAGCCUUGGAGCUCAGGUCGGUGGACCUGCAGAUCCCCAAGAACAACAAGGAGCACCACACUCAGGAGAUGGGCUGGAAGCAGCUCAUCUUGCGCCGUGGCCAGUCCUUCACUAUCCAGUUGAAGUUCAGUCGACCCUUCCAGCCCCAGUUGGACCACAUCACCUUCGUGGCUGAGACGGGUCCAGAGCCCACAGAGCUUCUGGGAACUCGAGCAACAUUCUUCCUCACUCACACUCGGCGGGGCAACAUUUGGAGUGCUUCUGACUUCACCAUUGCCUCCGACACUCUUCACAUCUCCCUGUUCACACCAGCCAAUGCAGUCAUUGGCCACUACACACUGAAGACGGAGAUCUCCCAGGGCCAGGCUCCUAGUGUGACUUACCCACUGGGGAGAUUCAUCCUGCUUUUUAAUCCAUGGAGUGCAGAGGAUGACGUGUAUCUGCCAAGUGAAAUACUGCUGCAGGAGUACAUCAUGAGAGAUUAUGGCUUUGUUUACAAGGGUCAUGAAAACUCCAUCACCUCCAGGCCCUGGAAUUAUGGGCAGUUUGAAGAGGACAUCGUCAAUAUCUGCUUUGAGAUCCUCGACAAGAGCCUAUACUUCCUAAAGAACCCAGGCAAAGACUGUUCUCAGCGGCGCGAUGUGGUGUAUGUGUGCAGAGUAGUGAGUGCCAUGAUCAAUAGCAAUGACGACAGAGGCGUGCUGCAGGGGAACUGGGGCGAGGACUACACCCAGGGCACCAGUCCACUGGAGUGGACGGGCAGUGUUGCCAUCUUGCGGCAGUGGUCAUCCAGGGGUGGGCAGCCUGUGAAGUACGGACAGUGCUGGGUCUUUGCUUCUGUUAUGUGCACUGUAAUGAGAUGCUUAGGUGUCCCAACCAGGGUGGUUUCCAACUUCCACUCUGCACACAACACAGAUGGCAACUUGACCAUUGAUACCUAUUAUAACCGAAAUGCGGAAAUUCUGCCAACUGAGAAGCAAGACAAGAUCUGGAACUUCCAUGUCUGGAAUGAGUGCUGGAUGAUCCGGAAAGAUCUCCCACCAGGAUAUAAUGGGUGGCAGGUUCUAGACCCCACUCCCCAGCAAACCAGCAGUGGGCUGUUCUGCUGUGGUCCUGCCUCUGUGAAGGCCAUCAAGGAAGGGGACAUCCACCUGGCCUAUGAUACUUCUUUUGUGUAUGCUGAGGUGAAUGCUGAUGAAGUCGUCUGGCUCUCUGAGGAUGGCCAGGUUCAGGAAAUCCUGGCCCAUAACACCAGGUCCAUUGGGAAGGAGAUCAGCACCAAGACUGUAGGGUCGGACAAGCGCCAGGACAUCACCGGCUCCUACAAAUACCCAGAAGGAUCUCCUGAGGAGCGGUCUGUCUUCAUGAAGGCUUCCCGGAAAUUGCUGGAGCCAAGAAGGGCCUCUUCACCCCUCCUGCAUCUCCUGGGGUCUGGGGACUUGAAAGACCAGCCAGUGCAGCUGCAGCUGUGGCUGGCCAGGACCCCCAUGUGGGGCCAGGACCUGCUGCUCAUGCUGCAUGUCAGGAGGGUUCCAGACAGAGCCCAUACUCAGAGUCCCAUCGGACUGAUGGUGCGGUUCUGUGCACAGCCCCUGCUGCAUGGAGGCAGCGCUCGGGAGCCCCUCUGGAGGCAUGUGGUGCACUUGAACAUGGAUUUGGGGAAGGAGAUGCAGUGGCCACUCCUGCUGCCCUACAGCGAUUACAGAAACAAGCUGACAGAUGAAAAGCUGAUCCGUGUGUCUGGCAUCGCUGAGGUUGAAGAGACAGGGCAGUCCAUUCUCGUCCUCAAAGAUUUCUCUCUGGAGCCUCCCCGUUUAUCUAUUGAGGUGUUUGAGAGGGCUGAGGUGGGCCAUGCCCUGAACAUCUACAUCACCCUCACCAACACUCUGAUGGUGGCCCUGAGUAACUGCACUGUGGUGCUGGAGGGAAGCGGCCUCAUCAGCGGGCAGAUAGCAGAAGACCUUGGAACGCUGAUGGCUGGAAACACCUUACGGAUCCAGCUGGAGCUCUACCCCAUCAAAGCUGGGCUCCGCCAGCUCCAAGUCCUCAUCCGCAGCAAUGAAGUCAAGGAGAUCAAAGGCUACAAAGACAUCUUGGUUGCUGCAGCUGGAGUGCCCUGA